CUAUAAAAAACCAGAGAACCCAUAGCCAUAGCCAAAAAAAUGGCGAUUUCUUCGGCCAGGCCCAAGAUCAGAACAAGGCCCACCAACAACAACAAGCAAUCCAAUAAAUCAGUUAACGAACAAACAAAGCGCCUCUCUCAUUACGGCACCGUUUUGCUAAAACUAAUCGUGUUUCGGAUCCCGGCCGCCGCCGUUUUCCUGAUACUGCUCGUGUUCCUGUGGUCGUCUUCAACCACCGUAAUUUCCGGAAGCUUCGUUCACCUCUGCGUUUCCUCCCGAAAGCUCACUAAUAAUCUCUAUUGCCUCUCCGCCGGCGAGCGCCCCAAUUUUGAAAUUCCCAAUAAUAUCCGACCAAUAAAUUCCACUUCCGUUAAUGUUGAAGUUUCUGAAGCUAAUUCGGAGCCGAUGCCUUCCGAUUCCGAUGAGAUUGGGAAGGCGAUGGAGGCGGUUGAAGAGCAAUUACGGCGGCAGCGGUCAUGGAUGUGGGUGUCGCCGGGGAAUAAUAAUAAUGUGAAGGGGACGGCGGCGGAGUGCGGCGGAAGAGGGAUCUACGUGUAUGAAGCUCCGGCGAAGUUUAACAGAGAUUUGGUGGCGCAGUGCGGGGAGAUGGUGACGUGGAUGGAUCUGUGCAGAUAUUUGAGUAACGAGGGAUUGGGAGAGCCGAUUCCGGAGCUUGGGAAAGGAUGGCAUCAUACUCAUCAGUACGCGCUCGAGCCCAUAUUCCAUUCCAGAGUUAUGAAGCAUCCUUGUAGGGUUUACAAGCAAGAGGAAGCCAAGCUUUUCUACGUGCCAUACUACGGCGGACUAGACAUUCUCCGAUGGCACUUCAAGAACGUAUCCAACGCCGUCAAGGACUCGCUGGGCUCAGAACUCGUACAGUGGCUCGCCACUCAAAACCCGUGGCUCAAAAACUCCGGCCAAGAUCACGUCUUCGUUUUGGGCAAAAUCUCAUGGGAUUUCCGAAGAAACGCCGCCAAUAAUAAUCUCUCAUGGGGAACCAAUUUUCUAGAUCUCCCCCAAUUGCAAAACUCAAUCAAACUCUUAAUCGAGCGACAACCCUGGCACGAAAACGACAUCGGAAUCCCCCAUCCGACAUUCUUCCACCCCCACUCCGACGACGACGUUUUCGCAUGGCAAUCGAAAGCUCUAAAAUCGGAGAGAAAAUAUCUCGUCGGUUUCGCCGGAGCCGCCCGUCCCGACGCGCCGGACAAUGUAAGGUCAAUUAUAAUCGACCAAUGCGCCACGUCACCACCGGGGCUCUGCCGGCACGUGGACUGCACGUGCGGAGACUGCGAGCGACCGGAGGCGGUGGUGAAGCUGUUUUUGGAGUCGGAAUUUUGCCUGCAGCCUCCCGGAGACAGCCCGACGAGGAAAUCGGUGUUCGAUUCGCUGGUUUCGGGUUGUAUUCCGGUGUUUUUCGACCCGUUUACGGCGUAUUAUCAGUACCCGUGGCAUCUGCCGGAGGAUCAUAGCAAGUACUCGGUGAUGAUUGAUAAGAAGGAGUUGGAGAGGAGCAGUGGAUCGGAAAAUGUGGUGAGGAAAUUGAUGGGGAUUUCUCCACGUGAAAAAGAUGAAAUGAGAAGCUAUAUUGUUUAUGAACUGAUGCCUGGGUUGGUUUAUGGAGAUUCCAAUAAUGAGAUGGAGAGGUUUCAAGAUGCUUAUGAUAUAGCCAUUAAUAAUUUGCUUCAAAGGGUUUCAACGUUGUAAUUAAUGGUUGUAGUUUGUUAGGUUUUAUUUUUCCCCUUGAAGAAAGGGAGAGAUUAGAACACAUAUUUUGUGAGU